UUCAGUCCAGAUUUCAUAUAUACUUCAUUUUUUUCAUAAUAAAUAUGGAGGAACAGGAAGAAACAAUUGAAGUACUUAAAAAGAAGAUUGCAGAGAAGGAACAUAUUAUUACGGUUUUGGAGCUAAAAAGACUUGAAGGAGAAGAAGUCCUUAAUCAAUUAGAAAAUGAGAAAGAAGAACUUGAAGAGCUUAAUAAAAAGAUGAAAAAAGCUUUAAAGAAGGAAGCUAAACGAAGAUUCGCAAUUAUUCGUUAUGGUCUUUUCGGAGCUUUUUUGUGUAGUUAUAGCUAUUGCUUCUAUAUGCUACAUAAAAAUAACAAAGAAAAAGAUAUUCUACCAAAUUACAUAUUGCUUAUUGGAGGAGGAAUGUUUGGAACAAUUAUUAGAUUUGUAAAAUAUGAAUGA